CAACCUUCUUCUUCGUCUUAGUCUUCCAAUGUUCUCAUCCGUCCUAUUCAGGAAGAAGAGAGACCAACCCCUUGCCAACCCCAUGAAAGCCCCAAGGCCGCUGGGACUCAAGACCAUCGCCGACGCAAGCUUCGACGGUCCACGUGAAUCGAACUGCGUGAAGCGAAACUUCGUAGCGUCGUCGCGCUCGCCAUGCUUGCCGCCUCCCUCGUCUGCGGAGGAUGGUAAGGCCAUGGGCCGAGGUGAGGACGGGGACGACGAUGCCGAGGAGGACGUGGUCGAGGACGACGACGGUGCGUGCUGGGCUACGUACGGCAGGAGGCGCCCUGGCCGCCGGUUCCCGCCCCCGAUCCCGCUACUCGCCAGGACCGGGAAACUUACGUGCCGCUUGCCUUGGGUCCUGAAGCGGACCUACGAGGACGACGGCCGGCUCGUGAUCCAGGAAGUCCGAGUCAAGCACCAUGAGUACUUCCGGGCUCGCCGGAGAGACGGCCGCCUCACGCUCCAGCUCGUGAAGUUGGACGACCACCAACCUACGGAGGAGGAUAUAGUGGUGGAUACCGAUAAAAAGCAGGAUACAUCAUCGUCACUAUCAUCAUCAUCGUCGUCGUCGUCGUCUUCCGAAGAAGAGAAAUGGAUACAGAGAAUGCCUGCAUCGGAUAAGGCAGCUACUUCUACCCCAAGGCUGCCAUUGUCGUCGAAGAUGGUGCUGUCUUCUUCCAUGCCUGAGCCAAUGUGCGGCAAGGCGAGCUUCGAGAAAGGGGGACCGACGCCGCCGCUGCACCUGCAGUUUGCCAUGAGUAGAAUGAGAUUGGUGCAUGGUUAGAGGAGAAAUCGUUCUGUUAACAGUCCUUUCUACUUCAUCACCUUGUCAAUAAAGAAUGGCUUAU